ACUAAAGAAUCCGGGUCUAGUAUUAGGUCUGGCCAUUUCAUCAUCAAAACAGAAAUAUAGUGAUUGUUUACUGUUUUCUUUUGUAGAGGAAAAGCCUAAGUGGUCAGUGAAUCCCGUGAUACUUUAAUCUGCCCACAUAAAGAAAGAAAUUAUGACAUUUUUAUCAUCACAUUCACUCCUCUCACUCUCCCCCACACCAUCUCUUUAGUCCUUCUUUUGUCUCUAUACUCACUUCUCCAUUAUAGUAUCUCAUAACCCAUUUUAAUUUACACUCUUGAUAUACACACUAAUCUCUCUCUCUCUCUCUCUCUCUCUCCAGGACCGUAUCCCUAUAAAACUCUCGUUUGGGUCAAAAGGGCAGGAGGGAAAUGCCAAGUUCAAGCUCAUUUUUGAGGCAGUUGAGUAGUGGGCGGAGUGAGGAUUGGAAAUCCACAUCCAAGAGGUGGGGUGGGAAUAGCAAGUGUAGGAGUGGCGGUGGUGUUAAUAUGGGUUAUGGUGUUAGCCAGUGUGAGGGGAGUUUGUCCCAAAUGGAAGGGAUGAACAACAUGUAUGUAUAUGGAGGUGAAAAUGGUGGGUCGGUUAUGAGGAAAAGAGUGAUGGUUGUGGUGGACGAGUCUUCUCACUCCAAACAUGCCAUGAUUUGGGCACUCACUCAUGUGGCCAACAAGGGUGAUUUGCUCACUCUUCUUCAUAUAGUCCCUUCUUCCCAUAAGGUGGUGUCCUCUGAAAGGGCUUCUGACUCUUCAUCCUUUGUUUCUUCUUCUUCCUCCUCCUCAUCUUCUCCUUUUCUUGCCAACUCUCUUGGGUCACUUUGCAAGGCUUGCAAACCUGAGGUUGAAGUAGAAGCUCUGGUGAUUCAAGGACCAAAACUGGCUACAGUGAUAAGCCAGGUGAAGAAGCUAGAGGUUUCUGUGCUAGUUCUGGGUCAGAAGAAAACCUCUCCACUUCUCAGCUGCUUAUGUGGGAUGAGCAGCAGGACAGAGGAGUUUGUGGAGCAAUGCAUCAACGGCGCAGAUUGCUUGACUGUAGGAGUGAGAAAGCAGAGCAGAGGAGUGAGCGGUUACCUUAUCAGUACCAGAUGGCAGAAGGAUUUUUGGCUCUUGGCUUAAUUAAGUUUAGUUUAAGUCUCCCUACUUAGCUAUUUAGUCUUAGCUCUAAUUUUACCACUUUGUAACUACUAACUAGUGACUUCCUUCUCUUUGUAAUAAUUUUCAUCUAAUCUAAAAUAAAUUGAAAUAUCAGUUCCAUUUAUGGUUCUGAACACUUGCA